GGGGGUUUCUGGGAGACUGGACUCUUACUGUUUAUUGUAUUAACUGGUUUCAUUGUGUGUUAGGCAUGAGUUACUGGAGGAGGCUCGGAGGCAGGGUCUGCCCUUCGCCCAGUGGGACGGACCCACCGUCGUGGUUUGGCUCGAGCUGUGGGUGGGCAUGCCAGCGUGGUACGUCGCCGCCUGCAGAGCCAACGUGAAGAGCGGCGCCAUCAUGUCGGCGUUAUCGGACACAGAGAUCCAACGAGAGAUCGGCAUCAGCAACCCGCUGCACCGUCUCAAGCUCCGCCUCGCCAUCCAGGAAAUCAUGUCUCUGACCAGCCCGUCGGCCCCGCCCACCUCCAGAACGACGUUGGCGUACGGAGACAUGAACCACGAGUGGAUCGGUAACGAGUGGCUUCCCAGUCUGGGUCUGCCGCAGUACCGCUCUUACUUCAUGGAGUCGCUGGUGGACGCUCGCAUGCUGGACCAUCUCACCAAGAAGGACCUGAGGGGGCAGCUAAAGAUGGUGGACAGCUUCCACAGGAACAGUUUUCAGUGUGGAGUGAUGUGUCUGAGGAGGCUCAACUAUGACCGGAUGGAUCUGGAGAGGAGGAGAGAAGAGUGUCAGCUGGAGCAUAACGACGUUCUGGUGUGGAGUAACGAGCGAGUGAUCAGCUGGGUUCAGGCCAUCGGGCUCAAAGAGUACAGCAGCAACCUCUACGAGAGCGGAGUCCACGGAGCUCUGCUGUCUCUGGACGAGACCUUCGAUCACAACGCUCUGGCUCUGCUGCUGCAGAUCCCCACGCAGAACACUCAG